CUUAAACUUCCAUCGGAAGCAAAAGUCUUUUCCAGACUGUGGAGCGAUCACAGCCUCAGUUACUCAUUGCCCCACUCUUCCCUAUUGAACUGGCGGCCGCUGAGGACUUCUCCCCAGGCUCCACCGGGACUGCCAGUGCUGUGACUUUUUUUUCCCUCUGACCGGUUUGACAUUUGGUGGUGUUGUAUACGUUCAUUGCCGCUUGCCCCAGAACACUGCCACACUCGCGCAGACAGGAAUGAUGAAUAAGCAAGUGCUUUCUGAUCACAAGCUGGCAUCUGUUGCUCCAAUGAUAGAGUGCAACGAUGUGGAGAGGAAGGACAUGGAGCUGGUUCUGGUGAAGGAACGCAAUGGGGUUCAGUACGCAAACACUGCCAUCAUCAACAGCUCGGCCGGGAGAGAACAGGAGGGCAGGGAGACCUGGGGGAAGAAGAUCGACUUCUUACUCUCCGUUGUCGGUUUUGCCGUAGACCUUGCCAAUGUGUGGAGAUUCCCCUUUCUCUGUUACAAGAACGGAGGCGGUGCAUUCCUCAUCCCUUACUUGUUAUUUCUGUUAAUCGCUGGAAUGCCCUUGUUUUACAUGGAGCUGGCACUGGGACAGUACAACCGCGAGGGCGCUGCCACCGUCUGGAAAAUCUGCCCUAUAUUCAAAGGUGUGGGCUAUGCUGUGAUACUGAUAGCACUAUAUGUUGGCUUUUACUAUAACGUCAUCAUCGCUUGGUCUCUGUACUAUCUCUUCUCUUCGUUCACCUCUGACCUUCCAUGGGUACACUGCAAUAACUACUGGAACAGUCAGAACUGUACUGACCCAAAACUAUUCAACACCUCAUUACUGGGAAAUGGAACCAAAUAUUCAAAAUAUAAAAUCACACCUGCUGCGGAGUAUUAUGAGCGGGGCGUUCUCAAUCUCCAUGAAAGUGCUGGAAUUCAUAACUUGGGGCUACCAAGAUGGCAGCUUUUCCUCUGCUUGCUUGUUGUGAUAAUUGUUCUCUACUUCAGUCUCUGGAAAGGGGUGAAGACUUCAGGAAAGGUGGUGUGGAUUACAGCAACCAUGCCCUAUAUGGUGUUGUUUGUGCUGCUUAUCCAUGGAAUCACAUUGCCAGGUGCAAUGGAUGGGAUUAAAGCCUACCUCAGCAUUGACUUUGAGCGCUUGAAAGAAGCUCAGGUUUGGAUCGACGCAGCAACUCAGAUCUUUUAUUCCCUUGGAGCUGGUUUUGGAGUUAUAAUUGCGUUUGCCAGUUAUAACAAAUUCGAUAACAACUGCUAUCGAGACGCUGUUUUUACCAGCUCCAUCAACUGCGUGACAAGCUUCUUCUCGGGAUUUGCAAUUUUUUCUGUGUUGGGCUACAUGGCGUUCAAGCAUGGAGUUGAUAUUUCAGAGGUAGCCACAGAUGGUCCAGGCUUGGUGUUUGUGAUCUAUCCUGAAGCAAUCUCUACACUCCCAGGUUCAACAUUUUGGGCAAUUAUGUUCUUCAUAAUGUUGUUGACGUUGGGGUUUGACAGUUCAAUGGGUGGCAUGGAGGCAGUCGUUACCGGAAUUACAGAUGACUUCAAGGUUUUGAAGCAGCAUCGAAAGCUUUUCACACUUGUUACUGCGGGUGGAACUUUCCUGGUUGCGAUCUUUUGCAUCACCAAUGGCGGAAUUUACGUGCUCACGUUAUUGGACCAAUUUGCAGCUGGAACAGCAAUCCUUUUUGGAGUAUUAGUAGAAGCCAUCGGUGUAUCAUGGUUUUAUGGAGUUGACAGAUUCAGUGAGGACAUCAAACAAAUGACGGGCUUCAAACCAGGUCUCUACUGGAGGCUUUGCUGGAAGUUUGUUAGUCCAGCCUUUUUACUGUUUGUAGUAAUUGUCAGUAUUGUGAAGUUCAAGCCUCUAACUUAUGAUGAAUAUAUAUUUCCAAACUGGGCAAACCUUGUUGGAUGGGGAAUAGCAGUGUCUUCAAUGUCACUGGUACCAAUCUACGCAAUCUACAAGCUCUUCUCUGUACGUGGGACUUUAAAAGAGAGAAUAGCUUACUGCAUCACCCCCGAAAAUGAACAUUAUCUUGUGGAGCAAGGAAAAGUGCAACAGUUUAAGCUGAAGCACUGGCUUGCCAUAUGAAAGUUUCCAAACCAGCUACACAGUAAGAGAUGCAAUGGAAAUCAUAAAGUCCUGGGUUUUGAAAGCUUUUUCAAUUAAUGUUUCAGAAAUGUCAGAUUCCAUUACAAGUUCAGUGCCAUUUUGUCAUGCUAUAAUGUGGCUGGCUGAGCACAGGAGGAUUAUUUAUUUUGUGACCUUUUUCAAUGCAUAGAGUAUUGCAAAGUGACAUGGACAUUGCUCCCUUCCAUUCCUUCACUUAACCAAAUGCUGUCAGUUCAUUUGAUCAAUCAUGUUUCCAACAAUAAACUAAUUUACAGUUUGAUCUGUAUUUGUAUACUUGUAAAAUGUAAACUUCUCUGAACUUCAUCUGGUUGUGAUAGAUUCUAGCCUUAAAUGUCUUAAAUUACUGCCAAUGUUUUCAUAUUGAUCAGAUAUUGAGUGUCAUUUCCCUCAUUCAUAAUCCCUCAAAGGAUAGAGUUUGUUUGGCAAAGUUCAAGUGGGUGCGUUGACUCAUGUGUACUACAUUGCUGUGAGCACUAGAUUUAUGCAAAUACUGACUGUGUAAAUGCCUGUGCCAGAAUAGUUUUCAGAGGUCUGUGAUUCAUGUAUGUCCUGUAUUCACGAUUGGAAGCUUCACCCUCCUAUUUCUAAGUAAUGAUGGAAAUCCUGUGAAUCCACCUGUGUAGCCAGACUGAAGACUGCCACAUUUCAACAUUGUUAUCUUUAUCCCAAUUUAACAUGCUAUUUUCAAUAUACGUGUAUUGUGAUUUUCACAUGAUUAGCUGCCUGCUCUUUGCAUAUGUUGAAUUGUGUUUUGAAAUGUAACACCUAUUGCAUUCAACUGUGGCAAGAGCACAUACACAAAAUUAAAACAUUUUAACAUAGUUUCCAAAUGGAAUUUAAUGGCAGCACUUUCAUAAGGAGUGAGCUUUCACUAUGAGUUUAAUAGGUUUAGUCAAACCCAAAACUAGACCAUCUUAAAUUGGUGGAUGAGCAUUAAGACAAAAACAUAAAAUAUAGCCAUUCCAUCCCUGGGCUAACACCAGAGGAAAUACAAAUCUCCCUGUACAAUCUCACUUCACCUGUUUCUGAAAGGUGAUGUCUACAUUUAUCACACACACAACCACUGUAUUGAGUUAAGGGCAUGAAAAACAUUUAGUCAAAAAGGUGCUCAGUCAGUGAUGUACUGUUUCUCAGUCACAAAUUGUGCCUAAACAGAAGAAGAAGAAGAACAACAACAACAACAACAAACACUAGUGAUAAUCAUUUUCUCCAAACAGGAUUGGACAUCAACAAUCCAUGUAUGAGCAAAUCUUUCCUGUUGACAUUUAUAUUCCAAGCAAUUUGCUUAUUUUUAUUACAGUUUCAAUCUGAAGAGCUUAUGCAGUUCAAGUUAUUGCCAGCGUGCCAGGUCUUACUAUGUUUCCAAACAUUUUUUUGUUCAAAAUCUUUAAAACUCAAGGUGGAAUGUAGACAAAAGGGAUUUUCUGUCUGUCUUAGUCCUGACUUGUUUGUGUUAUUAACAUCCAGAUGAAAAGACUGGUGUUGAAGGAGGGCAGCUGGUGAGAACAGGAACAUUUAUUGUUGCACUGUAGGAAGAAUUUCCUUUCCUGUUCUUCACACAGCAGCAAGGCUGUAGCCUUGUUCCUACAGCUUUAUAGGCAAGGAGAGGAAGGUCUAAAAUCAUCAGGGUAAGUUGAUGCCUGGAAACAUCAGGCCAAGCUACAACAUCAAACAGAGGGGUGAAAAGUGUCCCUGAAGAGAGCAUAGUUACCAAAACAGACAGACAGAGAGAGAGAGAGAGAGAGAGAGAGAGAGAGAGAGAGAGAGAGAGAGAGAGAGAGAGAGAGAGAGAGAGAGAAAGACCAACUUGUAUGUACCACCCUUCAUAUCACACUCAAAGUGUUUCUGAAGUACUGUCAUAGUUGUAACACAUAAAAGGCAGCAGUCGUUGGCACACUGCAGUUCCUGAAAAUAACAAUAUGAAAAUAACUAGGCCAUCUGUUUUCUGAUGUUGAUUUGGAGGUAAACGUUGGCCAAGAAAAUAGUGAUAAUUUCCACAAUGGCUUUAAAGCUGUGCAGUUGGAUCUUUCCUGUCCAUCUGGGAGUUCAGAUUAGGCAAUGGCUUAACAUCUGAGCCGCAAGACAUAACUGAUCUCCCUCAGUGUCGCACAGGGGUGUCAUUGUAUGAUUUUGUAUCUCUGGAGAGGACCUGGAACCAGAGUAAGGCAAGAGUGAUACAAACUCAGUCAGAGCUUACACAUAGUGAAAUAUUGUGACAAAUAUUUGGCAAGUGAAUUCCUGUCUCCUGCAAAUUUGCCAUCUCCUAUUUUAUAAAUGUGCCAAGAAGUUGAGGAAUUUGCUCAAGUGAAGCCCCUCUCCUGAAAUUCUACUGUAACCUUGAUGGAAAUCUUAAACCAGAAUUUCCAAAAGGCAGGUGGAUUAAAAAUUCACUGCCUGCCUUAUCAAUAUUUCAGUAUUGGUGGGUGCAAAGUGCCUGCUGCAUUCCUGCAACAAAUACUAUGGUAUAAGUGGACUUCAUUGGUUACAAAGGGUAUGAGGUGUCCUGAAAAGGCUGUUAAAAGGAUGGUUGAAGUUAUAUGUUAAAAUCGCAAGUCUGUCAUUGUUCUUUAUUUUUAAUAUAUCUCAUAUACCCUUACUUUCAAAAUUGUGUACUGGUUUUGACGUUAUGUGCAUUAGAAAACAGGUCUUGAAUUGGAUCUCGGAAAGGACAGAAGCAGAAGUGAAGGUGAACACUUGGUCAGAACUAGGGUUCAUCCACACCUUACUUAACUCAGUAAUAUUAAAUGGGUCUUCAGCUUUCUUCCUGCCCAUCUAAGAUACUUUGAGAGACAUUGCUGUCCAAGAAUGCCCAAACCACAUUUGCGGAGCAGCAACUGAUUUCAUGAAAGCACUUUAAUUAUCGCUGACUUUCCACACUUGUAUGAUGGAAAUGCCCAUCAGAUAGUCUUAACAGAUAUAUUUUGUUCCAUAAUUAAACUGUCUUUUAAACCACGACAAAGAAAUUCCUGUCAGCAAAAUAUUUUCCAAAGCAAACUGAUGACCAAAAAGCCAGAUGAUUAUGUAUUCUUCCUCAAUGUAUAUUUUUUUUUAAAUCUUUGGUUUAUUGAGGUUAAAUUGUUGUUGUCAUUGAAAUAAUUCCCAUCAAGAUUUUUUUAAAAACAUCUUGUAUAUAGUUGUUUCUAAACUGUAAUCAGCUGGAUGAUGUCUCAAAAUAUUAAAAUAUGUUAAUCUACCUGUAUCAAAGAUUCAUAAUAUUCAAGUAAUGCUCUUUUCUAAAAAGAUCAUUCUGUGUUACAUGUUUUCAUAUGUUAAAUAAGCAAAUGUAUUUAUCAAAAGUGUUUAUAAAAUGUGCUUAUAAAAUCAAUUUUAAUGUACUGUUAAAUUUGUUUUGUGCUUUGUGUAAAUAUGAGCUGUUUAGAGCUGUAUUAUACAGAAUUAUAGAAUAUUAAGAUAUUGUGUACAUUAUAAAUUACUGUUUAAAGUGGGUGGUUUCCUCUAAUGUAGUAAAAUAUGCACACUGUA